AUGGGUGUGCUCUGAGCUCUCUCCCACCCAGACCAUCCCAUGGCUGCACUGGCACUGCAGCCCCAGCUCGGGGCUCGGUCCCUGCUCUGGGAAUGCCGGGGUGUCCCUGUCCCAGCAGUGCCCCGGCUCAGGCCCCCCCCAAACAAAGCUGCUCUGGGAGGAAGGUGAGCCUCCCCCCUGACACCCCUGGCCAUUGUUUCCUUGCUCCUGGCAUUUCCUUAGGCAGCAUUUCCUGCUGUUGUUUCCAGCAUUUCCUUGGGAAAGGUCACUCGGGCCCCCAGCUGACAGUGGCUUCCUUGCAUGCUGCUGCUGGGCAGUGUGUCCUAGGAUCCCUCACUGCUUUGGGUGGGAAGGGACCUUCAAUCCCAUCCAGUGCCCUGGCCAGGCACACCUGCCAUAGCCCAGGUUGCUCCAAGCCCAUUCCAGCCUGGAUCACCCUCCCUGGCCGGGCUGGGGAGGUGUGAGCUGAGGUGUGUUGGGAUGAGCUGUGGCAGUGGUCCCAGAUCCUGGGGUGGGAUCAUCCCUGCUCCCAGCACACAGGUGACCCACUGACCUGCACCACCUGGAGGUGCCUUACUGGUAAAACUUCAUCCUGCUGGAAUUCUGGUUCGUUCUCUGCUCCGGGAGAUUCCCGACCUGUUGGUUGUGUUUAAAACUUGCUCUCCUCAAAUAUCCGUGGUUGUUCUGGCGAUGGGUGGCUUUGAUAGUGUUCCCUCUCCAGCUGCUUCCCCCAGGAAUGGGCCAGGAGGGAUUUUUUUGCCCUCCAGUGCUGAGAGUUCCAUAGAAACCCCCAACUGAAAGGCAGGAGAUGGCUCGGGGGGUUUGUUCGUGUCUGCUUGGAAACUGUCCUGGGCAAACUUGGCCCCACGUGCAGCUCCCAUUGAAGUCCCACUGAACUUGUGGAGGGAGGAGGGAUAUUGGGCCAGGAGCCCUGGAUGAGAGGCUGGAGUUUUGGGAUUGCUGUCUGGUGGGAAUCUGGUUAUUAUGACUCCCUGUGUGUAACAGGACUGAUGUUUGUCCUUGGCCUGAGCAGUUUGUACUGAGUCCAAGCGAAGUGAUUCCUGUACACACAGAUAGGAACGAGCUCCAGGGACGGAGCUGGAAAACCCUCCCCAGCGCCCGUGUGGGGGUCACUCACUCCCUGUAGGGUUUGUUCCUCGUGCUCCUCAGGCUUCAGCGCUUCAGUCCUUCCGGGUGACGCCUCGGGAGAGUCGCCCCUGCCUGCCAACAGCUGCUGUGUGGAGUCACCUCCCCGAGCCUGGAAAAGCAGCCCUGGGACGGGGCUGGUGAGACGAGAACCUCGGCGCUGCAGGAACCGGGAGCGUCGGGAGCAGCGGGAGCAGCGGGACCCGGGAACGCUGCCGGGAACACGCCGUGACCCCCGUGUGUCCCUGCAGGAGCCAGAGCAGCACCCGGGCAGUUCUGGGGACCCAGAGCGACCGGGCCGAGGGGGGGCUCUGGGGGUGCCUCUGCCUGUGCUGUUGUGCCGUUUGGGUUCUCCUGGGCUGGGCCGGGGCAGAGGGAACCUUUUAAUCCCAGCAGCUGCUCCUGCAGGGCCGUGUUUUGGGCUGGGGGUGAGGAUGCUGCUGAGGACACGCUGAGUUUUGGCUGUUGUUGUGCUCGCCCUAAACCGAGGACUCCCGGUGUCCCCUGCUCGGCCAGCGAGGAGCUGCACCAGAACUUUGCCACAAUUCUGUUGUUUUACUCUUCUUGUCUCAAUCUUCAUCCCUGGAAGUGCCCGAAGCCGGGUCGGACGAGGCUUGGAACAGCCUGGUCUGGUGGAAGGUGUCCCUGCCCGUGGCAGGGGCUGGAAUCAGAUGGUCUUUAAGGUCCCUUCCAAACCACUCUGUGAUUCUAUUUCCAGAACUCUGGUGUUUAAUUUUACUCUCCCUCUAUUUGUACCUGCUUUUCCUGCCUUACAGGACUGAACUCUGGGUGGUUUGCCCCAAAAUAAGACCCAGUUCCCACAGCCAUGGUGCUUUUCUGUGUGUCUGGAUGGUUUUUUUGUUUCUGUACGAUUUUACAGCUCUCUGUUUCGAUUUAAGCUCUUGCUUUUAACAUCUGGGAAAUGGAAAUUUUCUAUCCACAGAACCCAAGCGUUGUCACACCCCGUGAAUUCUUGCAGGGUGUAGUUGUUACCCAUGAGAGUGUCAUGGGAGUGUCCUCCUGGAAGCGGCUCCACAGCGACCUGACACCGAGUUGUAACCGCUUUGAGUUCUCCAUGUAAUGGUGUCACUUCCAGUCCAUCCCAUCCCUCGUCAGCCUUUGGAGAGGGGCUUCACCCUCUGCCUCAUUGCUUAUGCAAUGACCUGUAACCAACCCCAAACUCUGUUGUCCUGGGGCAGUGAAGUGCCUGGUUUGACCCGGUGCUGUUCCAGGUGUCCUCUCUGGCUGUGUGACCUGUGACGUUGAGCUCACUGGCUGAAGCUCGUUGACUUAAUUGCCUGUUCUCUAUAUUAAGGUUUUACACAAAUGAAAGAAAAUGUUUUUGUUUGACGGAAUUUUGAGGUUUUUAAGUGUCCCGCAGCCCCCGUUUUGUGCCUUGGGUUGCUUUUCUCGCCCGCUGUGCGCAGGUGACCAGACGAACCAUCUAAUCCUUGUCUUUUAACUUGCAGCUUUGUGUUGUUCUUGGAAAGUUUCGCACCACUUGUGAAUUCCCUGAACCUUGGCCUUGCCGGCCCCCUUGUGUCGGGCCCUCCUCCCUUUCAGCUUGCCCAAAUUAAGACCCACUUGGCUCUGCAGUCGUGGUCCUCGGUGUCCGGCGGCGGCGCGGCCCCUGCCCACGCUGGGUUCCGCCAGGCAUUGCCCACAGACGCAAUGUUUAGCCCCAGAGGAACCUUGCCCCCCCGGCCCAGGGGACCCAACCCCUCGGGCAGCAAGCCUCCGGGAUCCUUCGGGGCAGGAGGGGCGGCGGGGCCGCAGAGGAAACCGGCGCCGGGAGCCCCCCAGGCAGCGCCCCAGAGACCCCCGGGCCAGGACUCGCUGCAGUGGACGGGCUCCCAGAGGAUCAACGUGCGGGUCACGCUGCACAGGGCGGAUCCCAGGAAGGUCAAGGAGAAGAACAGCCUGCACCAGGAGCAGAAGGGAGACCCUCGGCCCAACCGCUGGGACAGCGGCCCGUGCCCGGCCGGGACGGCCGCGCCAAAGCCGCCCGCGCCGGUGCCGGUGCUGGAGCAGAACUCGAGCGCCCAGAACCGCUACACACCCGAGAGCGCCUCCAGCAUUUUAGCGAGCUUCGGGCUGUCCAACGAGGACCUGGAGGAGCUCAGCCGCUACCCCGACGACCAGCUGACCCCCGAGAACAUGCCGCGGAUCCUGCGCGAGAUCCGCAUCCGCAAGAUGGGCCAGCCCCUGCCCGGCCUGCGCGCCCCGGCCCGCGGGGACGAGCGGGGGGCCGAGCCGGGCGCGGCCGUCAAGGGCAAGGUCAUCGACUACGGGCACGCCAGCAAGUACGGCUACACCGAGGACCCGCUGGAGGUGUGCCCCUACGGCCCCGAGGGGCUCCCGGAGCCGGCCCUGGAGGCCUGCGCGUACAACGCCGAGGGCCCGGGCGCGGACGGCAGGGAGGACGUGCCGCGGGAGCAGAGCGUGCCGGUGCCCGUCCCGCCGCCCGCCGUGCCCUGCAACCCCGUGUUCCCGGCCGACGAGCUGAUGAAGCUGCCCGGCUUCCAGGGCGACUCCUCCGGCGCCCCGCCGUUCUUCCCGGCCGAGCCCCCGGCCAAGGUGUCGGGGCUGUGCCCGGCGCCCGCCGCGCCGCCCGUGGUGACGCCCGUGUCGCAGGCGCCCAUGCCGCCGGUGCUGCCGCCCAUGAUGCCGGCCCUGCUGCCCACGCCGCUGGCGCAGCCCCUGCUGCCGCCCGUGAUGCCGCCGCUGGUGCAGCCGCCCGUGUCCCAGCACGUCCUGCCGCCCAUGACGCCGCCGCCCUUCUCCGCCGGGCUCCUGGCCGCCAUCAGCCAGCACGAGCAGAAGCAGCGCGACUCCGGCAGCGGCUCCGGCGCCUCCGGGAGGUCCGGAGGGGGCCACAAAGGCUUCCACUCCGAGGGGCCCAUCAAGUCCCCGUUCGGGGUGGUGAAGGCGUCCUGGCUGCCCGUGUUCUCCGACUCCCAGAAGAGCAAGCGCCUGCCCACCCCGUCCAUGAUGAACGACUACUAUGCGACGUCGCCGCGAAUAUUCCCACAUUUGUGUUCUCUGUGUAACCUUGAAUGCACUCAGAUGAAGGACUGGAUCCUGCACCAGAACAACCCUUCCCACAUCGAGAGCUGCCGCAAGCUCCGCCAGCAGUACCCGGAAUGGAACCCCGAGGCUCACUCCUCCAGCAGGAAUGCCGGGGACAGGAAGGAGAACCAGACCCCGAAGCACCGCUCCAGCUCCUCCAGCCCGAGCCGGCGCCGGUACCGCCCGGGGGGCUCGGGGUACCCCCCCCUGCGGCGCUGGCGCUCCCGCUCCCGCAGCCCCGGGCGCUUCCGCCGGCCCCGCAGCCGCAGCCCCCCCCGGUACCCGCGCCGGCCCAGCCCCCGGCACCGCUCCCGCUCCCCGCAGCGCUCCAGGGGCUCCCUGAGGCCCGGCUCCCGCUCCCGCCGCUCCUCCAGCUCCGAGCGCUCCUCCCGCAGGGCCAGCCGCUCCCAAGACAGAAAGGCAGCACUCGAGGCCGUCAUGAAAACCCUGGGGCCGGAGUUCCUGGCAGAGUUCAAGAAACACAAAUCACUCCAGGCAGCUGUGCAGGGAUCCUUGGGGUCGGGGAGAUCCUCAUCCACUCAUGGCCCCCCGGGGAAGGUGUCUGGGAGCGUGAAGAAGCCACUGAAGACAAGUGCUGCUCCAAAGGCUCCCAAGAAGGACGGCUCUGCCGCGCCCGGGCCGAGCUCUGCCUCGGCCAAACCGGAGGAAUCGGCCCAAAACAAGGAGGGGGAAGAGGAUGAGGAAGAUGAAUCCGCAGGGAGCAGCAAACCUCAGUCUGCUUCUUACAACAGGCUGCUGAGGGAGGACCUGCUGAGCUGCGGGACCGUCCUGCAGAUCUCGGACCUGCCGGACGACGGGUUUUCCGAUCAGGACAUCAAAAAGCUGGUGCAGCCCUUCGGCAAAGUGAGCGACCUGAUCGUGCUGCGCUCCAGGAACGAGGCCUACCUGGAGAUGAACUACAAGGAGGCCGUGAUCGCCGCCGUCAAGUUCGGGGAGACGCAGCCGGUGCUGCUCAACGGGAAACGCAUCCGGAUCAGCGUGGCCGAGAAACCCCGGGCUGCCCCCGGCCAGGUCAAAAAGACCAUUAAAAAACGAGUUCUGACUGUUAAAAAAACUUCAGCAAGUACCAAAAAAGUUCCAACCACCAGCACCAAGACCCCCAAACCCCUGGCAGGUAAAAAGGAAAAGCUCAAGAAGUCAGCAGUGCCAGGAGAACGAAAGGUGAAGAAAACCCCGAGUGCUGCAGAACCAGCUGAGGAUGGAGACCCCGAGCCCCCGGCAGAGCCCGGGCUGGAGGCUGAGGGAGCGGAGCCGUCGGAUCCAAGGAGUGUCCCGGAGGAGGAUGGAAUCCCAGAGCCUGCAGUGCCCAUGGAGAGCCAGCCCAGCCCCUCACCUGUGCCAGAGCCUCCAGGAACGGGCACACCAGGGGAGGAAUCCACAGAUCCAGCUGGGAAGGACCUCGAGGACCUGUGUGUGGUCCUGGUGUCCAACCUGCCCGACAAGGGAUAUUCCGUGGAGGAAGUUUCCAACCUGGCAAAGCCCUUUGGAGGCCUGAAGGAUAUGCUGGUUCUGUCCUCUCACAAGAAGGCAUACCUGGAAAUCAACAGGAAAGCUGCAGAUUCCAUGGUGAAGUUCUACACCUGCUUCCCCAUGUCCCUGGAUGGGAAGCAGCUCUCCAUCAGCAUGGUGCCUCAGCACCAGACUGUCAGGGAUGAAGAAGCCAUAUUUACUGCCCUGAUUAAAGAUUCUGACCCUCAGGUGAACACUGAAUCCAUCCAUAACCAGUUUGUGCACCUGGGGAAUUUGCCAGAUGAUGGAUACAGGGAGCUGGAAGUGGUUUGUGUGGGGCUUCGCUUCGGGAAGGUCGACCAUUAUGUUGUGCUGAAGAACAAAAACAAGGCCAUCCUGCAGCUGGACACCCCCAGGUCAGCCCGCUCCAUGCACAGCUUCCUGCAGCAGUACCCCUACAGCAUGGGGGAGCACACCCUCAGCUGCUCCCUGUCCCCACGGGGGGACCCUGCCCAGGCCGAAGCUGGGAAGAGAGACCCGAAGAGGGAGGAAGGGAGCAGAGCAAGCGCUGGCUCGAAAAAGUCUCCCGAGGGGUCAGGAGUGGUGCCAAGAGCAGCUGCUGAUCCGCCAGGAGAGCCCAGGGGGGCAAAGAGAGGAGCCACUCCCGCCUCCAGUGGCACGGAGGAGAUCCCAGCGGGACAGACGGAGCCCCCCGAGCCCCAGCCGGGAGGAGCAGCCAGGGAGUCCCCUGGGAGCCUGGCCCGGACGGCUGGGGAGGACCUGGAUCCUGGGAUUGGUGUUCCCCUGAAACCUGCUGGCACCAGAUCACCUGGAGAGAGGUCGGAGGAGAAGCCGCUGCCGCCUUCCAGUGCGGGGACGGAAGAGGCUCCUAAAGGUCCCCCUGAACCAAAGCUGCUGGAGAAGGGAAGCAAGGAGGGGGAUGAAGAGUCGUCUGCCCCUGCCGUGGAAGCACUGGGAUCGGCCAGCAGGGCUGAGGGGGAUCCAGCAGGCCGUGGGGGGAUCCCAGCAGCCGGGGAGGCAGCGGGGGCCAGCCCUGGAGCAGCGUCCCCCGGGGAUGAGGGGGCUCCCGUGGACACGGUGUCACCGGCUGUCACCCAGCCAGCCAACGAGCUGGCUGCUCCUGGGAAGAGCCCUGCUCCUGAGCCUGGGAAAAGCAACCCUGAAACGUCUGGAGCUCCGGUGGCCGAGAGGAGACCCGUCCCUAAAACCAGGGAGGCCCCAGGGAAGAGACUGGAUGUGGCUGGAGCAGAGGAGGGUGUGCUCAAAGCUGGACACGCUGCGGAGGAGAACCCCGGGAAGCUCUUGGGCAAGGCUGGGUUAGAGCUGGAGAAGCAGCUUGGAAAAGCAGCAGCCAAGGCUGGGGCUGCUCUGGAAGAUGCUCCGAGUGCCGUCGGUGGGAGCAACGCGGGAAGUUCGGUCAAAAGCCACCAAAACAAAGGGAUGGGAGCAGCAAACCCCGACAGAAGCCACCCGGGAGCUGCACUGAGCCCCUUUUUAUCCCUCAAGGAGCCCGCUGUGGGUAAAACCCUCCUGAGGGCAGUGGUGUCUAUCCCCGAUAUCUUCAAGGCCAGGGCCCCAGCGAAGAGCAGCGAGCCCUCCCCGGGCAAAGGGGGGGAGCAGAACCCCCCCAGAGCCGAGGGCCAGGCAGGGGGGGACAAGAAAACCCCCUCCAAAGCAGCCCAGCCCGCAGCAGGGAGCGCCCAGGGGAGAGGGGGCGGCAGCUCCGCAGUGGAUGGACAGGGAGGCAGUGGGAGGAGCUCAUCCCAGCAGGAGAAGGACUCCCAGGUGGAAUCUAGGGCUGGUUCAAAACAGAGCCAAGAGGGAGAGAGUGGAACCCCCGGCACGGAGGAGGACCCCGGCAGCACUCAGGGUCCUGGUGGGGACAGGACCAGUGGCACUGGCAGCAGUGGGAACCAGAAGGAGGAAGAAGAGCUGUUCCCGUUUAACCUGGACGAGUUUGUCACCGUGGACGAGGUGGUGGAGGAGGUGGAGUCUCCGGUCGUGCCGCGGCGAAACCCCCCCAGGGGCAAGAGGAAAGAGGGGGCCAAGCCCAGCCCGUCGGAGCCCGUGUCCAAGAGGAGGAAAGGGAAGAGCUCCGGGGCCAAGGGGGAGCCGUCCUUCGUCACCCUGGACGAGAUCGGGGAGGAGGAGGACGCGCCCGCCCCGCCGGGGGACCCCCAGGGGCUGCUGGUGGUGGACGAGGUGCUGGAGGAGGAGGAGCUGUCGGAGGCGGUGAAGGACCCGCAGGCCCUGCUCACCCUGGACGAGAUCUCGGAGCAGGAGGAGCCGGGGGCCCCCAGGGACCUCCCCCCGCCCGCCUUCAAGGAGCGGGACCUGAAGGCCGAGCCCCUGGUGACGGUGGACGAGAUCGGGGAGGUGGAGGAGCUGCCCCUGAACGAGCCUGCCGAGCUGGGCGGCGACGAGGGCAAGGGCGGCACCGACUUCGCGUCCUCGCAGCUGCCCGACGACCCCGCGGGCCUGGUGACCGUGGAUGAGAUCCAGGAGGACAACGAGGACAACCCCCUGGUGACCCUGGACGAGGUGAACGAGGAGGAGGACGAUUUCCUGGCGGAUUUCAACCACCUCAAAGAGGAGCUGAACUUCGUCACGGUCGACGAAGUCGGGGACGAGGAGGAGGAGGAGGAGAACCCUUCCCCGGGGAAGGGUGCACACAAGGAGGAGGAUGAGGAAGACAUCGUUGCUGUGGCAGGACCAGAAGAAGAGGAAAUGGCUGCCAGUGCAGGACCAGAGGAGGAGGACAUUGUUGCUGUUGCAGGACCAGAAGAAAUAGGAAUUUUGGGGGAUCCGAAUCCGGAAGAGGAAAUCUCUGCAGUCUCCAAGCCAAAAGCUCAGCUGGGAUCAGGAGGGGCAGAACCAGAGCCCAAGCAGAAGAAAGCGACUGUUCUGGGUGACCCCACGAGGCAGAGCACUCCCAAAGGGAAACCCAGAGGAACCACCCCAAACUCUCCAGGCUUUCCUGCCCUGGACAUCCUGGUGCCCAAGGCCGGGUUCUUCUGCCAGAUCUGCUCCCUGUUCUACGCCGACGAGCCCUCCAUGAUCCAGCACUGCCGGACCCCCCUGCACCGGCAGAACAUGGAGAAAUUCAUGGCCAAGCAGCAGGAUAACGCCGGGGAGGAGCCGAGCUCCAGGUGAUGCAGGACAGAGGGACCCUCCGGUGCCCGACGCUUCGGGGCCACUCAGUGCUGUGUGUUUGGGUUCCAUUUGUCCCUUGGGGUCGGGGAGGAGCAUUUGGGGUGUGGGAAUCGGAGCUGGGAGGAGACCCCGGAGCUGCUGGGCUGGAUUUGUGUCUCCAGUCACCCGGCGUGGGACAGACUGGUCCCAGUGUUGGCAGGAAAUAAAGGUUCUCAUUGUAUAGUUA